UGACAUAGCAGGAUAAUGGCAAAUGAAAUAUGAAUACGUGUACGAGCAAAAUAAUAAUAGUUGUGAGCGCAAAGCGCCAAGGCGUAUAAAUACGAGAUGACCAUGCGCCUAAGGGGAAAGUAGUGCCAGGCUACUCGCACAACGCGUAUCCUCCAUCCGGCAGAGUCGUGCGCCGAAAGUGUGGUGAAGUGCCGAAUAUGUCUACCCGUUAUUGCUCGUCCUCGUCAAUUUACGGCUUGUUGUCAUGGUUAUUGGUGCUGCUCUUUGUGCUGAGUCGGCUGGAAAGACGUGUGUCAGCGCUGCGUUAUGCCCAAGGUACGGGCGAUGAAAACUGUGAAACGUUAAAAUCGGAAAUACAUCUGAUCAAGGAGGAGUUCGAUGAGCUGGGACGGAUGCAGAGAACCUGCAAUGCGGAUGUUAUAGUGAACAAAUGUGAGGGUCUGUGCAAUAGUCAAGUGCAGCCGUCCGUCAUAACGCCUACGGGCUUCCUGAAGGAGUGCUACUGUUGCCGCGAAAGCUUUCUCAAGGAGAAAAUAAUCACUUUGACGCACUGUUACGAUCCGGAUGGCACCCGCCUCUCCACACCCGAAAUGGCUACCAUGGAUAUAAGACUGCGUGAGCCAACCGACUGCAAGUGCUUCAAAUGUGGCGACUUCACCAGAUAAGCGCUAAAAGCGGCAUGCAGCAUAAAAAAUUAUACAUUUUUGCAGCUACAAGCAUCCGUACAUACAUACAUACAUACACAUAAAUUAUAGCAGCAACGCUGUCUACCUAUAGCGGGGGAAAAACAGCGUAUGUGAAUAAAAGCGUA